UCUCACUGAGGCAGUCCUUAAAUACCUUCUAAUACUGCUGGAGUUUUAUUCUUUUGACAUUUGCAGCAGACCUGAUUUGGUGGAUGCCCCCCCAGGCAAAAGCUUACAUAUUUAACUGGAUUUAAUCUUUUUUUUCUUUUUAUUGGACUACCAACCCUUGAUAAGAAUUUUUCCACCUACACCCACAUUGUAACAGAAUUAUUAAAUCCACUCGUGACUUUGUGAACUAGCGCUCUCGACGCAAACUUUGUGCCAUGGCAAACUCUUGCCUCCAACUGUGCGGCUUUCUCCUGAGCAGCCUGGGCUGGCUGGGGAUUGUGAUCUCCACGUCCACCAAUGACUGGGUGACGAUGUGUAAGUACGGCGUGACCACCUGUAAGAAGCUGGACGAGCUGCAGUCCAAGGGACCCUGGGAGGAGUGUGUCAUCUCCACAGCACUCUACCACUGUGUCUCCUAUACACAGAUCCUGGAGCUGCCAGCCUACAUCCAGACCACUCGAGCCCUAAUGAUCCUAGGGUCGAUCCUGGGUCUCCCUGCGGUGAUUCUCCUUCUCAUGUCUAUGCCUUGCAUCAGCAUUGGAAAUGACGCGCAGAGCGCCAAGAACAAACGGGCCAUCCUGGGAGGAGUGCUGAUGGUUGUUGUUGCAUUGUGCGCUUUGGUCCCAACCAUCUGGUUCCCCAUCGGUGCCAACCAAGAGCUCGGCCUCAUGUCUUUCGGCUUCUCCCUCUACGCCGGAUGGGUGGGCACCGUUUUCUGCCUGCUGGGUGGCGUGAUGCUCAUGUGCUCGUCGGACUCCUCCACCUCCUCUCCACGCAGCUACCAGGACAACAACCACUAUUACUACUCCAAACACGGAGGCGGCAACCUGCCAGCAGCCUCCUCCAACCAUCAUGCCAAAAGUGCCCACGUCUAAGGUUGGAGAUACCGUUGGGUCCCAUGGGGAUUCUUGUACCUAGAGACAUUUGCACAAAAGGCAAACAUUUAUGACGUCCAUGUUUUACCGUACGAUGUGAAGGAAUAUAGACGCAAACAACGCAGAGAUAGAACAUUUAAUUACAGUUUGAUCCUUGUUUUUGUCCUAAAGUGCCAAUUUUCCAACCUCCACACAAAGAGGUGUGGUGUGGACUCACCCCACUGUUACAUAAAUGUACAAUCUCAUAAUACAAAGACUUGUUUAAUGAGAACCCUGAUGAUGGAAUCUCAUCAGGGUCUUUGCCACUUUUAAAUCUACUUAAUAUUUUUGUUUUGAUCAAAUAUGGGUGUGGUUAUGUUAUUUUUUUUAAGCUAAAUUGUUCUUUUUUCUGUACAUGGAUUUUUUUGGACAGUAUUACUAACUCCUGAGUGAUGGACUUGAUUAAAACGAUUGAUCACUGUGUUUAGCUAAACUGAACAUGGACCCUGACGUGAAGGUUUACCAAGCAGUGUUUAUAUCUCUGUAAAAGAAUCGGAAUUUACAGAGUAAAUGUAUUUUUGUUGUUGUUUUAACAGUCAACAAAGAGCAAAAAUUAAAUGUCACAUUUUAGAUAUACAUGUUUUUUUUGUUUUUUUUGUUUUUUACUAAUUUUGUUGUUUUAGGUUUAAUAAACACUUGUUUUACAUAAACACAUGCGGCAUUAAAACAUUUCUUAACCACACUUCCUAGUGUCGAGCAGCUAUUUCUGUUUUGCAGGCGUGUUGAAAAACAAUAGUUGUAGUAAUUAGUUUAUUUCUUAAAACUGUUACACCAGUGGAUGUGAUUUUGGAAUGGAACUACAUCACUAAAGCAGAACAACUAAGUUCCUAAAUUGUUGAAAUUGGAGGCUCCUUCCAGUCUCUUUUAAAGACAAACCAGACUAGUGAAUACUAAACAACACAAAACACUAACUCUACCAGAACGUGUCUUUGGACCACUUUGGCAGGUUCUAAGCCCAGAUAAAGAAAGAGGUCGGAAAUUUAGUUGGAUGUACAAAAUGUAUAAAUAGACACUCAAAAAUCAUUUCAACCCACAAAGACUUGUUCCCAUGGGGGAUUUUAAAAUCAUUCUUUUCAACUAACUCUUUGGUAGUUUCAGCAUUAGAAGUCACUUUUUUUCUUUUUCAUUUAUUUAGUUUUGUUUUACAUUUCUUUUGUGUUUAGAAUCUAACCCAAUGCGCUAGUUAAAGCCCAGAGCCCAACCCUGUGUUAAAUCAAACCAGGUCUGGUUCUAUUAGCAGACUAGUUUCUUCUGAACUCAGCAUUUUUUAAGAGUGCAGUUUUCUCAUCUGCGGUUUUCUGAUGUGAUGGGUUUUUAAAAAAAAUUUUUUUUAUCUCACUCGUCAUGAUUUAAAUAGUAAUAGAAAUUUGUUUGCACAUGGAAAAUUCUUUACGCAUUGAGAUAAGCGGCAAUGCGUCUCGCGAUGACGUGAUCCGAUUUCCGCUGCAGAUCGGUGACUCAGAUUGACUGUCUUAGCAUAUCGGAGUCUUUGUGCGAACAAGAUUAGCAAUUUUGUAUCUAAGCUAAAACAAGAAAAGAUGGUGUAUUUCUGUAAUCUCUGUGACCUUGACUGAGAUAAGCACAGAAUAAUAUGUCCCACAGACUCAGCCUCCCAGUCUCUUCUGGUAACCACACACACACACACACACACGCACAGUGGGUGAUAACUGUGCCCAAUGUGUGUACUCCUCUGCCUAAAUCAAGGUCGCUGAGUCACUGCACAGAUGAGAACAUUGUGUGAUUUCUCUUUGCCGUCAGCUUAUCUUGAAACGGAUACAAACGCGCGCGCACAUCACUGAUCUUCACUCAGUUACUGUUUCAUUUUUACUUCUUCUGUGAUUUCCUGGCAUGUCUGUGAUUGCGGGUAUGUCAUCACAGCCGAGCGUGCGUUCCCUGCAAAGGGAAGCCAUUCCUGGUACAGAGCCAUCCACUUCACAAGAGACAGAUGGAAGGAUCCUGAGCAAAUAAGCUGUCCUGUGUUGAUGAAAUGAUAUUUAAUACACUAUGAUUAAACACAUCACAAAACUC